GGAUUGUAGUCUGUGGGUCCGGCCUUGAUCCUGCUCCCUUCUCGCGUCCGGCGGUCCCGAAGCUGCUCUCGUCGCCAUGGGGAAGUCAUUCGCCAACUUCAUGUGUAAAAAGGAUUUCCACCCGGCCUCCAAGUCCAACAUCAAAAAGGUAUGGAUGGCAGAACAAAAAAUUUCGUAUGAGAAAAAGAAACAAGAAGAGCUAAUGCAGCAGUACAUAAAAGAACAAGAAGUAUAUGAUAACAGGUUACUUAUGGGUGAUGAACGUGUUAAGAAUGGGCUUAAUUUUAUGUAUGAGGCACCUCCAGGAGCAAAGACGGAGAACAAAGAGACGGAGGAAGGCGAGACCGAAUACAAAUUUGAAUGGCAGAAAGUUGCUCCACGAGAAAAAUAUGCCAAGGAUGACAUGAACAUUAGGGAUCAGCCUUUUGGAAUCCAGGUGCGGAAUGUUAGGUGCAUCAAGUGUCAUAAAUGGGGUCAUGUAAAUACAGACCGUGAAUGUCCACUAUUUGGACUCUCUGGAAUCAAUGCAAGCUCUGUUUCAACAGAUGGUGCAGGUCCAUCAAUGCACCCCACAGAACUGAUGGCAGAGAUGAGGAACAGUGGAUUUGCACUGAAACAGAGUGUAUUGGGGAAGAAAUCAACUCCAAAUGACCCUUCACAGGAAUACAUAGCAAGUGAAGAUGAUGAUGAUCCCGAGGUGGAGUUUUUAAAGUCUCUUUCUACUAAACAAAAACAGAAGCUUUUGAGGAAACUUGACCACCUUGAAAAAAAGAAAAAACGAGAGAAGAAAAAGCAAAAAAAGAAAAAGAAAAGUAAACAUAAGAAAAAAGAAAGCAGUCCACCCACUGCCAGCUCUUCCAGCGAAAGUGAUUCUGAAAUUGAAAAGAAGGAAACUCACAACAAAAAUAAAUAUUUAAAGAGGGAAAGGGAUACAUCAUCAGGCAAUAAAAACAGCUUUGAAAAACAUAGAGAAAUUUACAAACAAAAACUCAACAAAACCUAUUCGAGCAGUUAUUCCAGGCCUGAAGACAAGGACACUGAAGUUCAUGGAAAAAGUCACAGAAGCAAAAGUAAAAAAGUCAGUCGACAUAGCAGCAGAAGUGACAGGAAGCAAAGUGAUCGGAGUAGAAGCAAUAGCAGAGGUGCACAUGGAAGAACAGAAGAAAAGGACAGACAAAGUUCAGAUUAUGGUAGGGAAAAGUACUCUGAUGAAAGACAUGUUAGUAGAAGCCAGAGCAUUCAUAGCAGGGACAAGAUUGGAAGUAUCAGGUACACAUCAGGAAAUACAAGGCAGAGAGAGUGAGACUCGGAAAGAAACUGCAGAGAUUUACAUGGGAUGAGGUCUAGAAACAGAGAGUAGGAGUGGGAUAUAUCAGAAGAGAAUGACCACAGAAUUGGAAGUCUGUGAACUGAAUAAAAAGAAAUGCAUUUUUAUUAUAACUACAGAAAACACCGAAUAUUCUCAGCAGGUCAGGCAGCAUUUGUGGAGAAAGAGAAACAGUUAACAUUUUCAGGUUGAUGACUUCCUGAUGAGAUAUUGAAUCUAUAUUUCUCUCCUUGGAUGCUGCCUGAUCUGUUGAAUUUUUCUGUUUUAAUUUCAGAUUUUCAGGAUGUGCAGUUAUUUGCUUUACAGUUGCAUUUUCUAUUCUCUGGUUGUAAUUGAGAUGAUUUAUGAUGCAAUUUCUGAUUCUUUUAAAACUUUAUUUCAUACUUUGCCUCUAAGAACUGUCAAUGACUUUGUAAUCAUUUGUAUUUUUGUGUAAUGAAUAAAGUCUACAAUGAAAGAUU